AUGAAUUCUAAGCGAACAAAACCGAUUCGACCGACAAUGCCAAAUAAGGAUCCAUCUCUUGUGCUUGAGCAGUUUGAGGAUGAAGAAUUUCCAAGUGAGGAUGAAUUGUUCAAGAUGGCCCUUGCGUCGCCAAUGGAACAACAAGGCAAUAAAUUUAAUGAAAAGAAAGAGAAAAUAUCUGACUUAACAGGGCUAACAGCACUUCACCUAGACAAUGACAAAUAUGAAUCUGACUAUUUAUCAGAUUUCGAUGCUGAUAAGGAUGAAGCUCUUAACAUUCCCGGUGAGCUAGUAUUGGCUUAUAGUAUGUGGAAAUUUUAUCCAGCAAAAAUUGUAGGCUAUGAAAAGCCUAAUAAAUAUCAUGUAGUUUUCUGUGAUGGAUCCAAAAGAACACUUAAAAGGAAAAAAUUUUACACUCUAUGGCAAAAAGGAUUUAAAACUUGUCCGGUGGGAGAUAUCGUAAUGGAAAAUGAGAAUCCAGAUUAUAGAGAUCCAGAACUAAUCACUGCAAUUCAAGAACUUGAGCCAAUAUUAUCCAAAGUUUUAUUGGGUGAUGAAAAAUCAGCUUGGAGAUAUCAAAAUUUUGUUGAAGGUGGGAAAAGGCGUCGGUUAUUGGCUUCUCAUGUCUCUCAGGGACCUUUUAAUAAUUCUGAGUUUGGUUUAAUCCUAAAAGUAUUAAGACACAUGUAUGUACCUGAAGUUGCAAAGGCUAUAGAUAAAACUGAUUUUAUAGAACCAUCUGAAUUGAUAAAAUCAAUGGAAACAUCAUCACCGUCACCGUUAUUAUCAUCGUCAAUUUCACCCUCUAAUAAUCUUAAUAAAAAAAACCAUAAAACAUCAUCACCUUCAUUACCGCCGCCAUCAAGUUCGCUUCCAAAUUAUAAUAAAUGCAAAAAUGAAUUUUCAUCAUCAUUCUCAUCCUCCUUAUCUGAUUCCACACAAUCACCAACCGCUGUAAUAUCACAACCAAUAUCGUUACCAGAUGAUAGAUUAAAUUCUCCUUUUUUCAUUUAUUCACCUGACUUGCAGCACAGAUUUGUAAAUGAUGUAUUGGUACCUGAAACUAUCAUUAGGUUAAUUAUGAAAUCAGAUGAAUUAAGUUAUGAGGAGGCAGAUCUAAAAAUGACCGAUGGCUAUGAAGACUUGAGUUGGAUUAUACGAUAA